CCCAAACUUGCAUCGGCGGAAUCCCAACUCCUUCCUUUUUCCGGUGAAACCCAGCCCCACCCACCACGCUCAAACAACUGAACUGCUUCCUCUCUUUUGGUGAAACCCAACUCAUUCCCUCCUCUGAUUCGUAUACACACACACACACACGACUAGAUCCAAUGGUUGCUGUGCCAUGGUUGACUGGAUCGAUUCAAUGGUUUCUAUGAAAUGGGGCUUGGGAGUUUGCUUGUGCUGGUAUGGGAGAGGCUGAUGGAGGUGGGUUUUGUGGUGCUACCAGAGUUGGGUAUAGGGUAGAAGACUGCCGGAGCAAGAAGGGGGUUGGAGUAAUCGACAUGGGUUGGAGUAAUCAGACAAGCUCGACAAAAAAAACUGCUACCAGACUCUUCAAGUAUUGGAGAUGGGGCAUGGGAAGCUCAACUGAGGUGCUCGUGAGAAGCAUAAAGAAGAAAGCUAAUCCGAUUGGGGAAGCGCUUGAACGUGUCACAUACAACUUCUUCCAAUCCACAGAAAAUCAAGUUGACUACCUGAAACAGGAGUCAAUUAAGAAUUUUGAAGCAGCUUUCAAGGCCUAUCUACCAGAUCUUCCCAUAUGGGAGGUUUGCUCACUUUGCAGCCAACUCUGCUAUCCUUGAAGCUAUUCCACAAGACGCAGAGGUGAUAAACAUAGUAGACUUUGACAUGCGAGAGGGGGUUCAAUGGUCUCCCAUGAUUGAGGCCAUAGUGCAGAAGCAAAAGAUAUUAAGAUUAACAUCAAUAAAAUCAGAAAACGAUUCCAAUUUUGUGAGAUGGAAGUUUGAGGAUACAAAGCAGCGACUCUUUGAUCAUGCGAGACCUUUUGGUCUGAAAUUUUAAGUGGAAGAGAUGAGUAUAAAGGACUUGGUGAGUGAGAUAAAGGGAUCGAAGAAGAACAGUGGACAGAGAGAAUGGUUGGGCUUCCACACAUGGGGAGGAGUAGUAUGAGUCAGAGUCAUGUCAUGGAGUUUCUGAAGACAUCCAAGGAACUCUUAGCCUAUUCUGCAACCAGUAAAGGAGUUGCAACUUUUGGUGAUGGAGAAGCCGAGGAAAGACAGAGAAACAGAAAAUAUGAGUAGAAUGAAAAGAGGCGGAAGCUUGUAAUAUUCGAUUUUCUGCCUUUUAAAAUACACUUUUGCUUUUGUUUGAUGUGACAACUCAGAAAAGUUCUUUGCCUAAAUUUCUGCAACCAAAAAGGGGCAGUCCAUUAAGUCAAUGCAGUCAAGCCGGUGAGUAGGGAGGUCCAGCCUUGCUGUCUAGUGAGUCAAGGGAUGAAAUCGAAGAAAAUGGUUUUUUUCUCUGGAUAUGGCUCGUGAUCUUUGACGGACAUCUGAGGCACUACCAAGCUUUAUGUGAAUCAAUGGAGUGGAAUUUCCCAGAUUAUCUUGCAGAAGCAAGAAUAGCCAUGGAGAGUGUCUUUGUGGCACCUUAUGUCUGCUCUUCUUCUUGGUUCCACAAGUGGGAAGAGACUGGAGAAGGUUUUGAUCUUCAGGCUGGGGCUGGAUUUUGCAGGGUUUAAAAAAAUUCUAUUUGUUAAACCUUUUGCU